GUGGAGGGUGAGUUAUAUAUAAAAGUGCAAUUGUUCAAAAGAAUUUGGAGGUAUAUUUUUUUUUGAAUAAAUAGUCUCAUUUAUAAUAAUAGAAUUAAGUUAAAAAUGGGUGACUAUUUAACUCCUUCAGAUCUUCCCCAGCCAAAGCUUAAGAGAACUAAUACCGGAUUUACUCCAAACCAAAUUAUUGCUCUUGAUGCUUCAAUUCCCGAAGGUGCAAAGCAUAUUUGGCAAAAGUAUACCAAAUUAGAUUCAUUUAGUCAAAAUGCUAAAUCUGCAGUUGAUAAGCUUGCACCAGUUGAUGAUCAUGAUACUUCUUCAUUUGAAAAGAGCUUUGUUGGACAUGUUGAAUCAACAUUAGCUAGAAAUAUGUAUAAUUGUGACAAUUUGGCAGCUUAUCAAGCAUCAUCGAUUGCUAUUAGAGAUGAACUUAUCACUGAUUGGGCAAACACUCAACAACGUCAAACCAUUCAUGAUGGUAAAAGAGUUUAUUAUCUCUCCCUUGAAUUUCUUAUGGGAAGAGCUUUAGAUAAUGCCCUUAUUAAUUUGAAUAGCAGAAAUAAAACUAAAAAUGCCUUAUCAAAUUUGGGAUUUAAUUUGGAAGAUGUUUUAGACCAAGAACCUGAUGCUGCAUUGGGUAAUGGUGGAUUGGGUAGAUUGGCUGCAUGCUUUGUUGAUUCUCUUUCUUCUAAAAAUUAUUCUGGUUGGGGUUAUGGUUUAAAUUAUCAAUAUGGUAUUUUCAAGCAAAAAAUUGUUGAUGGUUAUCAAGUUGAAACUCCUGAUUAUUGGUUAAAAUUUUCUAAUCCUUGGGAAAUUUCUAGACAUGAAAUUCAAAUUCCAAUUGAUUUUGGUGGAUAUGUUUACGAAACUCAUGAUGUUAAUACUGGUGAACCAAAGAAAAUUUGGCAUGGUAGUGAAAGAGUUUUAGCAGUUGCUGUUGAUUUCCCAAUUCCAGGUUAUAACACUACAAACACCAAUAAUUUAAGAUUAUGGAAUGCUAAACCAACUACAGAAUUUGAUUUCACAAAGUUUAAUUCUGGAGAUUAUCAACAAUCUGUAGCUCAACAACAAAAGGCCGAAGCAAUCACUUCUGUUUUGUAUCCUAACGAUAAUUUUGAUCAAGGGAAAGCCUUGAGAUUGAAACAACAAUAUUUCUGGGUUUCUGCUUCUUUACAUGAUAUUCUUCGUAGAUUUAAGAAAAAUCAUCAAAACAAUUGGGAUAAAUUUCCUGAUCAAAUUGCUAUUCAAUUGAAUGAUACCCAUCCAACCUUAGCAAUUGUUGAAUUACAAAGAAUCUUGGUUGAUUUAGAAAACUUAAGUUGGGAUAAGGCUUGGUCGAUUGUGACCAAGGUAUUUGCCUAUACUAACCAUACUGUAAUGGCUGAAGCAUUGGAAAAAUGGCCAGUUGAUUUAGUUGGAAGAUUAUUACCAAGACAUUUAGAAAUUAUUUAUGAUAUUAAUUUCUUCUUUUUGAAGAAUGUUGAACAGAGAUUCCCUGGUGAUCAUGGAUUAUUAGGACGUGUUUCUAUUAUUGAAGAAAGCACACCUAAACAAGUUAGAAUGGCUUUUUUGGCAAUUGUUGGUUCUCAUAGAGUUAACGGUGUUGCUGAAUUACAUUCAGAAUUAAUUAAGACUACCAUUUUUAAAGACUUUGUUACAGUUUUCGGUGAAGACAAGUUUACAAAUGUUACUAAUGGUAUUACUCCAAGAAGAUGGUUAAAACAAGCUAACCCUGAAUUGGCUAAAUUAAUCAGUGAAGCUUUAGAAGAUCCAAACUAUGAAUAUUUGACAAAUUUGGGCAAAUUAAAGAAAUUGGAAAAGUUUGUUGAUGAUGAUAAGUUUUUAACUAAAUGGGAUAAUAUCAAGUUUAAUAAUAAGGUUAAAUUAGCUAAUUUGAUCAAGUCUGAAACUGGAAUUGAAGUUGAUCCAAGUGUAAUGUUCGAUAUUCAAGUUAAGAGAAUCCAUGAAUAUAAAAGACAACAAUUGAACAUUUUUGCAAUCAUUUACCGUUAUUUACACAUCAAACAAUUACUUGCUGAAGGUUUAAGUGUUGAAGAUAUUAAAUUAAAGCAUUAUAUUCCAAAAUUGUCAGUAUUUGGUGGUAAGGCUGCACCUGGUUAUUACAUGGCCAAAACCAUUAUUCAUUUGAUUAAUAUGGUUGCAGAAGUAGUUAACAAUGAUUCAGAAAUUGGUAAUUUAUUGAAGGUUGUUUUCAUUCCAGAUUAUAAUGUUUCCAAGGCAGAAAUUAUUUGUCCUGCUUCUGACUUAUCUAACCAUAUUUCAACUGCUGGUACUGAGGCAUCUGGUACAUCGAAUAUGAAAUUUGCCUUGAAUGGUGGAUUAAUCAUUGGUACCGUUGAUGGUGCCAACGUUGAAAUUACUCGUGAAAUUGGUGAAGAUAAUAUUUUCUUGUUUGGUAAUUUGGCUGAAUCAGUUGAAGAAUUAAGACACGAGCAUAUUUAUCAUGGUGUUCAAGUUCCAGACACUUUAAGAAGAGUAUUUGAAGCCAUUGAAUCUGGACAAUUCGGAAACCCGGAUGAAUACCGUAGUUUACUCGAUAGUAUUAGAUCCCAUGGAGAUUACUAUUUGGUGACAGAUGAUUUCGAAUUAUUUUUAGAAACUCAUCAUAAAUUAGAAAAAGUUUAUGGUCACCAUGGAGGUGAUGCAAAUGAUUCUACUCACUUACAUAACUGGGUUAAGAAGUCAUUAUUGAGUGUUGCAAACAUGGGAUUCUUUAGUAGUGACAGAUGCAUUGAUGAAUAUGCAGAGAAUAUUUGGGAAGUUGAACCACUUAAUCAAUAGAUGUGAGUUAGU